CUGCCUCUGCCCCUGCCCACCCGGCCCAAUCCCUUACAACCGCCCUGGGACUGCUCCUGAGUAGCCGCUGCGAGACAAGCGCCAGAGGUGGCUCCUCUCUGCUCCAGCUAGAAAGACUUGAGUUAGACAAACAGAAGCGCACACCUCCUACUUCAUGGCGACAGAAAAUGGAGCAGUCGGGCUGGGAAUGCAGAAGUCAACAGACAAGGCUCCUAAUAGUGCUACAGAUGAAGGACCUCCGGCUGCAGAGAAACACCCCGGCUCCCCAGACCCCAAGAAAGAUCCUGACCUAUCCACCCUGAAGAAAGAUGCCGAAGCCCCUGCCCCAGAAAAAGGAGAUGGUGUCCCAGUUCAGCCCUCAACCAGCAGCCAGGGCCCUGAGGCAGAGGCUGACCAGGGUGGGGGGCCUGCAGAGGGCAAUGCUGGGCAGCCGGCAGCCCUGCCCCAGCCGACUGAGACAGCUGAGGCCAGUGCCAAGAAGCCCAGUGCUGAGCAAGGACCCUUGGGCAGCCAAGCGCCUGGAGAGCCCACGGUGGGCAGGAAGGCGGCAGAGUGCCAAGCUGCGGCCAGGAGGGGCUCUCCCGCCUUUCUGCAUAGCCCCAGCUGCCCUGCCAUCCUCUCAAGCUCUGAGAAGCUGCUGGUCACAGAGCCCCUCAGCGAGGCCUCAGAGCUCAUCUUUGAAGGGGUACCCGUCACUCCUGGCCCCCCAGAUCCUGGGCUAGCCAACGCAGGAGAGAAGAACAUCGUGGCAGGGAGCCGGGAGGAAGCUGGAGAGAAAGCCCCAGGCCAGCCCGGCCAGGAUAAGGUGCAAGGGGACACCUCGAGGGGGAUCGAGUUCCAGGCUGUGCCCUCGGAGAGCGCGGAGGUGGGGCAGGCCCUCAGUCCCGGUCUCGAAGCCAGGGAGGAGGACUGCUUCCAGAUUCUGGACGACUGCCCCCCUCCGCCCGCCCCCUUCCCGCACCGCGUCGUGGAGCUGCGGCCCGGAAACAUCAACAGCGAAUUCAGCUUGAACUCCAAGGAGGCGCUGGGAGGGGGCAAGUUUGGAGCAGUCUGUACCUGCACGGAGAAAGCCACAGGCCUCAGGCUGGCAGCCAAAGUCAUCAAGAAACAGACCCCCAAAGACAAGGAAAUGGUGAUGCUGGAGAUUGAGGUUAUGAACCAGCUCAACCACCGCAACCUGAUCCAGCUCUACGCAGCCAUCGAGACCUUGAACGAGAUUGUCCUGUUCAUGGAGUACAUCGAGGGCGGGGAGCUCUUCGAGAGGAUUGUGGAUGAGGACUACCACCUGACCGAGGUGGACACCAUGGUGUUCGUCAGGCAGAUCUGCGACGGGAUCCUCUUCAUGCACAAGAUGAGGGUCCUGCACUUGGACCUGAAGCCCGAGAACAUCCUGUGUGUCAACACCACGGGACACCUGGUGAAGAUCAUUGACUUUGGCCUGGCGCGGAGGUAUAACCCCAACGAGAAGCUGAAGGUGAAUUUUGGGACCCCGGAGUUCCUGUCCCCUGAGGUGGUGAAUUACGACCAGAUCUCCGAUAAGACCGACAUGUGGAGUCUGGGGGUCAUCACCUACAUGCUGCUGAGCGGCCUCUCCCCCUUCCUGGGAGAUGAUGACACUGAGACCCUAAACAAUGUCCUGUCUUCCAACUGGUACUUUGAUGAGGAGACCUUUGAGGCCGUGUCAGAUGAAGCCAAAGACUUCGUCUCCAACCUCAUCGUCAAGGACCAGGGGGCCCGAAUGAGCGCUGCCCAGUGCCUGGCCCACCCCUGGCUAAACAACCUGGCGGAGAAGGCCAAGCGCUGCAACCGCCGCCUCAAGUCCCAGAUCCUGCUUAAGAAAUACCUCAUGAAGAGGCGCUGGAAGAAAAACUUCAUUGCUGUCAGUGCUGCCAACCGCUUCAAGAAGAUCACCAGCUCAGGGUCCCUGAUGGCUCUGGGGGUCUGAGGCUCUGAGGCCUGGACGCAGCCGCAGAGUGGCCGGGCUGAGGCCACACAGCCCAGAGGCCAGAGCAGGCAGGCCAGGUCCCUGGGACGGGCUGGCCAAGACAAGGCUGCGUCAGGCCCGGAGGCUCGGGGCUCCCCAUGCCCCCACUCAGUGACGCUUCCUCAACGCCAGCUGCCUCGCCUGGAGUGUGGCCUGGAUCCAUCCUGCUAACUAAUGCCUCCCCAGACAGGGCUCAGGCCCGGCGGCCGCACCCUAGCCUCCGGGGGCCUUGAAGCCGCUCCCCAGCCUUCUCCCUAGCUCCGCAUUUGUGUGCUGCCCUGGUGGCCCUGUCCCACCUGGGGUAUCCUCGGCCUGGACUUGCUCCUGCCUGGGGUGCAGUAGCUGGGGGUCCUACACGUGGGGCUUCCGAGGUUGUGGAUGGGAGGCUUCUGGCGGGUCAGAAAGACAGCCCAGCUGCCCGGGGAGACAGAGCAGGCUUUGUGAACAAGGACCUCUGUGCCCCGCCGCCUCCACUCCCAACAGAUAAGGCACCAUCUGGGCCGGCCCGCCCCCGCCCACCUUCUUUGUGACCACCAACACACAGGAACUGUGGGAAAGAGAGGGCGCCCAGCCUGGGCCCGGUGGAGGGGGGACAAGAGGCCUGGGGGAUGCGGAGACCACCCCCGAGCCUGCCUGUGGGUGGAGCCUGCCCGACCCACCCUCUGGGUCCAUCCCGCCUCUCUGGGCCCAUCCUCAGCCUAGAUGACUGGGUCAGCAGGCCAGGAGGUGUGUGAAAGUCCCUGGGCAGCCCCCAGCCUGCUGUCAGCUUGUGCCCUGUAAAUAAAUGUACAGGUCGGCCGUGG